GAAAAAGGAACUCAAAUGGUGGUAAGUAACGUGAGUGACACUGGUGGUGAAGUAAUAGAAGUGUGUAGAGGGUUGUUGUUAGGACUCGAUAACAGAAGAAGAAGAAGAAUGGAAUUGCUUCCGGCGGGGGCGACGCCGAUCCCGAAGAAACAAAGGUUCCGAUCGCUGAAGCUUGUGAACGUCGACAUGGAGCAGCUCCUCCCUCACCAACCCGUCGGCGUCGACUACGGCACCCUCGACAACGGCCUUCGCUAUUACGUUCGCUGCAACUCCAAACCUCGCAUGCGAGCUGCUCUCGCUCUCGCCGUCAGAGCUGGAUCAGUUCUAGAAGAAGAGGAUGAACGUGGAGUUGCUCACAUUGUUGAGCAUCUUGCUUUCAGUGCCACAACGAAGUACACCAAUCAUGACAUUGUCAAGUUCCUUGAGAGUAUCGGAGCUGAAUUCGGCGCUUGUCAGAAUGCGGUUACCUCUUCCGAUGACACCGUCUAUGAGCUUUUGGUUCCUGUGGAUAAGCCUGAGCUGUUGUCUCAAGCCAUUUCCAUUUUGGCUGAGUUCAGUUCAGAGAUUCGCGUCUCGAAAGACGACUUGGAGAAAGAAAGAGGAGCUGUCAUGGAAGAGUACAGGGGAAGCAGAAAUGCCACGGGGAGGCUGCAGGAUGCUCAUUGGAUUUUGCUGAUGGAAGGUUCAAAGUAUGCUGAAAGGUUACCAAUUGGGCUAGAGAAAGUAAUUAGGACAGUUCCUCAUGAGACUGUGAAGAACUUUUACAAGAAGUGGUACCAUUUAUGCAACAUGGCUGUUAUAGCAGUUGGAGAUUUUCCUGAUACACAGAGUGUAGUUGAGUUGAUAAAAACUCAUUUUGGCCAGAAAAUUCCAGCACCUGAUCCUCCACUUAUACCAACAUUCCACAUACCGUCACACGAUGAGCCGCGAUUUUCUUGUUUUGUUGAAUCUGAAGCUGGUGGGUCUGCGGUGAUGAUUAGUUAUAAGAUGCAAGCAGAGGAGCUUAAAACCGUAAAAGACUACAGAAACUUACUGGCAGAAUCCAUGUUCUUCCAUGCCUUAAACCAGAGAUUCUUUAAAAUAUCGCGUAGAAAGGAUCCACCCUUUUUCUCCUGCUCAGCUUCUGCUGAUAAUCUCGUCCGUCCAUUAAAGGCCAAUAUAAUGACUUCAUCUUGUAAAGGAAAAGGAACUCUUCAGGCUCUGGAAUCAAUGUUAAUAGAGGUUGCGAGGGUACGGCUUCAUGGCUUUUCGGAGCGUGAAGUAUCUAUAGUUCGUUCACUACUGAUGUCAGAAAUCGAAUCUGCCUUUUUGGAGCGAGAUCAAGUUCAAUCUACCAGCAUGAGAGAUGAAUACUUACAACAUUUCCUCCACAAUGAACCUGUUGUUGGAAUUGAGUAUGAAGCUCAACUCCAAAAGACACUUCUACCGCAUAUAUCGGCAUUAGAGGUCUCUAAGUGUUCAGAAAGAUUACGGACGUCAAAUAGCUGUGUCAUAAAGACCAUUGAGCCCCAAGCAUUUGCUGUGCUUGAUGAUCUGAAAAAUGUUGUGAAGAAAGUCAAUCUUCUCGAGGAAGAGGGUGAAAUCUCUUCUUGGGAUGAUGAAUACAUUCCAGAAGAAAUUGUUACUACAAAGCCAAAUAUGGGGCAUGUUAUGAAGGAAUUGGAAUAUUCAAAUAUUGGAGCCACUGAGCUAGUUCUAUCAAAUGGCAUGCGGGUCUGCUACAAGCGUACAGACUUUCUUGAUGAUCAGGUUAUCUUCACAGGUUAUUCAUAUGGAGGCUUGUCCGAACUCCCAGAGAAUGAGUAUUUCUCUUGCUCAAUGGGACCAACUAUUGCGGGGGAAAUUGGCGUGUUUGGUUAUAGACCAUCUGUCCUAAUGGAUAUGCUUGCUGGCAAGAGAGCUGAAGUCGGCACCAAGAUUGGUGCAUAUAUGAGAACCUUUUAUGGGGACUGUUCACCUUCAGACCUGGAAACUGCAUUGCAGCUUGUCUAUCAGCUGUUUACAACAAAUUUAACACCAGGUGAAGAAAGUGUCAAAAUAGUGAUGCAAAUGGCUGAAGAAGCAGUCUGUGCUCAAGAUAGAGAUCCAUAUACUGCUUUUACAAACCGUGUAAAGGAGCUUAACUAUGGGAAUUCAUAUUUUUUCAGGCCUGUUAAAAAAGCUGACCUACAAAAGGUUGAUCCAGUGAAAGCUUGUGAAUACUUCAGCAAAUGUUUCAGAGAUCCAUCAACUUUCACUGUUGUGAUUGUUGGAAAUAUUGACUCUACUAUUGCACUGCCCUUGAUAUUGCAGUACCUAGGUGGAAUACUUAAGCCUCCUGAACCUAUUAUGCAUUUUAACCGUGAUGAGCUGAAAGGAUUGCCCUUCACCUUUCCAACGACCAUCCAUAGAGAAGUGGUCCGAAGUCCCAUGGUGGAAGCACAGUGUUUGGUGCAGAUAUGCUUUCCAGUGGAGCUGAAGAAUGGGACCAUGGUAGAAGAGAUUCACUUUGUUGGGUUCCUGAGCAAGCUUCUUGAAACAAAAAUAAUGCAGGUUCUGCGUUUCAAGCAUGGACAGAUAUACUCUGUAGGUGUUUCAGUAUUCCUUGGUGGUAAUAAACCCUCAAGAACAGGUGAUGCUCGUGGAGACAUUAGCAUAAAUUUCUCAUGUGAUCCAGAGAUAUCUUCCAAGCUGGUGGAUCUUGCUUUGGAUGAAAUGUUGCGUCUUCAAGAGGAAGGGCCUUCAGAACAGGAUGUUUCAACUGUACUUGAAAUUGAGCAAAGAGCUCAUGAGAAUGGACUGCAGGAAAAUUAUUACUGGCUGGAUAGGAUUUUACACAGCUAUCAAUCACGAGUCUAUUCUGGUGAUGUUGGCACUUCUUUUGAGAUUCAAGAAGAAGGGCGAUCAAAAGUUAGAUCAUCCCUUACACCCUCAACUGCACAGUUGGCAUUACAAAGAAUACUGCCUUUUCCUUGCAAAAAACAGUAUACUGUAGUGAUUCUAAUGCCCAAGUCUUCUCCUUUUAAAUUACUAAAAUCAGUGUUCGAAUCUACUCGAACAAAGUAUGGUGGACAAGCAAAGAUACUUGGAGGAAUCGCUGGUCUGGUAGUUUUGGCGCUUGGUUUCUGGAGACAUUCACGGAGAGCUCAAACUAGUAGCAGACUUUUUCAUAUUAGCAGAGCUACUAAUUAGAAGUUUUUCAACAUGGAAUUCUGUGUUUCGCUAAAAACAAAACGUACAUAUCAACAUUGUAAGAGAAGAUUAUGUAAACCAUAGGUAACUUUCGACUUAGGAGGAAAAUUAGUUGUUCAUUAUAUGUAGCCCCUUUGAGGGAUUGAAAUGAAACAUCUGAAUAUUGAUUUGUUUGUGCUGCACAGAAUUGUACUAUGCAGCUUCACUCCAUCUUUACUGGCUUUUUAGUCUUCCAUAAUGUGGUAGUUCUGGUAGACACGGUUAGCGGAUAAGUUUGCAGGCAGAAUAGGAGGGUUGAUUAUACAUGGUACAUUGGCGUCUAAUCUAUGUGCCAUUUAACA